GUGAUGCUAAUCUGCUCAAGCUCGCUGGAGGAAAAGUCAAAAAUCAGACUACACAGGUCCGUGAGUGUUGGCCAGGUUGGCAUCAUACCAUUCAUUUUUCAACCUGAGUGCGUGCAGUUGUGUUACAGGGCAUAUAUGCGCUGUAGGACACUUGCAUGCAGUUGGGACAGUCAGCAGCAGGUCUUUUGUGUCAGAAAAACAUGAACUUCUGUAACAUUGUCUAUAGGCGCAACAGCAAAUGACUUCUUUAAGUCUUUCAACGCAAGAGUCGCUCUACCUCGCCAGCUUAAAAUCGAAGUAGGAGAAAGGUUGCUGAGUUCCACAAGAAGACGAAUCAUACGAUGUGACUUGUGGAGACGUCGACUGCCUGAUGCUAUUUAACUAUCAGUUGGUCCGGUUGCACGUGAAUACCUGUGGUGUGCAAACUUCGUUUUUCUAUGCAACGCCCGGUCGUUCGCAUCAUUACAACCGAUUGUCACCACAACAUACUCUAAGAUGGUUGAAAAGGCGGGCACAGGUCAGAUCGCCUUCGCUAAGAAGAUGCUAUCACGGGUUCGGAGCUCAAUGGUACGCUUCAAUCAGUCUUCGUGACAACUAUAUGUUAGUCCAUGACAGGAAAUUCCUACUACGACGAACUGCAUUAUGUGCAAAUGAGAGUGGUGCUGUACGGCUUAAAGCAUUUCGCUGAAUAAAACUUACUGAUUUGUGAAUAAGUUUGUGUCUGGGUUGGUAUUUUACUCUGUCCAUUGCAGUUUGAUAUGAAUGAUAUCUUGAGAGGAUCCUCUUCGUCGUCGACCGGGAAUUUGGUUAGGAAAAUGUUGAGCCCGCUACUAAGUACUUAUCCGAAGGCAGUUCGCGUAUGGAGGAGAGCGUCUCUUGCUUUGGUUGUUGUCAGUGGUGUGAGCCUCGUAGAUAUGUCGACAACGUGGUACCACCUGUUUGUGCCUGGUAGACUUAUUCGGAUUGUGGUUAGGAGAUGUGGACCACAAGUCUAUGUUAUUGUUGUGGAAUAAAGUGAUUAUUACUAUUA